AUGGACAAGGAGGAAAGUCUUCCUAAUGCUGGAGUCCCAAAUUUCUCUCUUUUCAUUUGUGGGUCGGGACCUUGGGCCUAUGUCUAUGUGGGUACGGAGGAGCAUGUGCCUCUCACAUCAGCAGUCGGUGCAGCGCUUGAGUUCGAGCAAUACAGACAGAUAUGGCGGAUCUUGAUUGCGAUUUCGGAGACUGUGAUUGUGACUGCGACUUUGAUUGCUGCUGCUGCUGCUGUGAUGAUCUUGGUUGGUGCUGCGGAGACUGCCUCUCCUCGCAUAAUAGAGAUAGCAACUGCUCCCCAUGUUUGUGUUGUUGCUGUGAUGAUGGUUCUCGAAAGAGAAGGACACCAUCUUCGGACCCGAAUUGGAGGAAUCAACCCAAGCACAAGAGUAGUUUCGAGGGGAACAGAGAAGAGAGAGGGAAGAAGAAAGAAUCUGGAAGCAAGCACGCAACCUAUCCAACUUGUUACUCAUGCGGCGGACCCAUUGAUCUCCCAGCAAUAUAUAAGCAUCAAUACGAGCAUGACGACUCCAAUCGGGACAAACUAA